UGUACAGAAGAAAGUAGCAGCUAGUCGCGGCUAAAAGCUAACACGUUAGCAGAAGUCAUUCCUCAUCGGCCCGCACGCACGCACUGACAUGCGCACUCACACGCACGUGCAACUCGUGAGGGGCUCAUUUACACGCACGCAGCGUGUUGUUUGGUUUUAAGGGGUUAGUGUGCUUAAAGCUACGAGCUAGCUACUUCCUGCAUAUUAGCUGGACGUGGCUAGCUGGAGGAGCUAACUGUUUACCAGGUCUGCUUUAAUUAUUCAUGAGUACGCCCCGUGAUUGGUGGAGGCAGUGACGGGGCGGGGCCUGAGAGGGUUAAUUACAUCGAAGUGUUUCUGCAGGACACAGUGAGUACGAUUAUUGAUCCUCGAUCUUAAACUCCGCAGCAGAUAAGUGAAAAUACUGAUCCCUCACUGAAAUGACUGUUACUUCCUCUAAAGUACAGAUACCACACUUUGAAACUACUCCUACACGUGUUUAGUGAAAGUACCUUUACAAAGUUAUAUCCAAAGUGUUUUCACAGUGUGGCAGUAGUACUUUUGGUGCUGUAACUAAGUACUUGUAUGGUGUGUAUUAGUUCUUUGAAUGCUCUAACGGUAUUUGUAAGUGCAAUCAAAAUAAAUAAAGCGGAUAACCAAACUAUUUGGUUCCUUGAUUAGUGCUCUAAUUAGUUAAUUGACUAAUUUAAUUGUUUCAGCGGAAGUUGUAUAAACAGUGGACCACUAAGUCACUUUAUUUUUAAUCCGUUUAUACUGUUAUUUAUGAUUUCUGUUGGAUGCCAAACUGCAUUUCGUUGCUCUACUUGUUCAUGUGUAAUGACAAUAAAGUUUAAUCUAAUCUACGAUGUUUGAUAUACGUUGUGAAGUACUAAAAGUACUCCAUUGACAUAUUUCAACAUUCACUUUGUCUUGACUUCAGAAUAUUUCAGUAUUGAUUGAUUACAUUUUGGAAGCGUGAAUGUCUCUCAGUCAGUCCACAGGUGGAAGAUGAUCAAGAUGUCAUUGGACAAGGAGGCUCUCCUCCCUCGUGAGGUCAGCCCUGCCUUCCCCACGGUCGGCCUAUCAGAGCAGCCGGCCAAGCCCCGCCCCCUGCACAACAAGAACGGCCUUCAGUUGUCUGGCAACUACCAAGACCCCGUCGCCUGCGCUCUCCCAGUUCAGCCAAUCGCUAAGAGGCGACACUCCAUGAGCGUUGGCUUCAAGGGGCUGGCAAAGCGGCGCCGGCGAGCCAUCAGCGACAACCAAUCAGAGCCCGUUCGGCCCAGUCACUUUCUGUUAGGUGGAAACAUCUUCGACCCGCUCAAUCUCAACUCGCUCAUGGACGAGGAAAUCAACAGGGCGACCAAUCAGGAGACACCAAAGUGCUCGCCCCUCCCGGCGAGAGCCGCCGACCCCGUAGAGAUCCUGGUUCCUCGGGACAUCACAGACCCCCUCAACCUUAAGGGAGGGGCGGGGGACGAGAAGGGGGAGGGGGCGGUCCUGCUGUCCCCACUGAAGUCCAAGAGGAGACACAGGAACCGACACCAUGGAGGAGCAGGGAGGGGAGGGGUGGAGGUGCUACCUGCGCGACUCUUCCCCCCCACAGCUGGACUGUCAUUUCCUCUGGUGACCAGAGGAGGCAGCGCCGCAGCGUCUCCUCUUCCCUGUGAGCUCAACACAGCCAUCACCUGUCGGGACGAUGUGGCCCCACCCCCCAUCUUGCCCCGUAGACACACCCACCCUCCAACGGGGCACACCCACAAGCCUGGUAACCAGGGCGACGGUCGCAAACGCAGACGCACCACCUCCGCGAGGUCGACAGAAGCCGCGGCGGCCACAGCUAAGCCAACGAGAUUCGAGACGCCGCUGGGAGGAGCUAGAGUUGGGAGGUGUGGAGGACCUCAGCACGGAUCUGCUAAGCCGCUGCAGAAAAAGAAGGACAGGCGACGCUACCAAUACGGCAACCAUAGCUGUUACUACGGUUACCAGGGCUCCUACGGCGAUGGCGCUGAGGGGCAUGUUGGGCUGGAGGAGGACCCGCGGCUCCACCUCCUGGAAGCCGAUUGGUUUAGAGGCCAGAAGGUGCUCGAUGUGGGCUGCGGCGCAGGUCACCUGACGCUGGCCAUCGCCCGGAGGUUUGACCCCGCCCACAUCCUGGGGCUGGACUUAGACCGCCAGCUGGUCCACGCGGCCAAGCAGAACAUUAGGCACUUCCUGUCACAUGACCUUGUGGUAGAGAAGAGGAGAGGAACACAAAACGCCUCCUUCUCGUCUCCUAGCAGGGAGGGAGAGGAGAGGCAGCAGGCUGUGCCCCUCCUCUCCCUCCCCCUUUCCUUCAGGGUAAGCCGAGGUCCUCUCUCUGCUCCUCCUCUCCUCCCAUCGUCUUCCUCCUCCUCCUCCUCCAGGUUCCCCAACAACGUCACCUUCAUCCAGGGGGACUACGUGUCUCGGGGGAACUGGUGGCCUGGGCGGGGCCAGUAUGACAUCAUCCUGUGUCUGGGCGUGACCAAGUGGGUGCAGCUGCAGGCGGGUGACGGUGGCGUGGUGGCUCUGUUCAGGCGGGCCUAUCAGAGCCUGUCGCCGGGUGGAUUGUUCAUGCUGGAGCCUCAACCGUGGAGCAGCUACGGCCACAGCAAGAAGGCCUCGGGGGCAACUGAUCGUAACUUCAGGAGUUUGAGACUGAGACCUGAACAGUUCACGUUCUACCUGACUGACAGCGUGGGAUUCUCCUCCUACAGACUCAUCACACCCUCAGGUACACACACUGCAAGGAACACACACCCAGGUACACACACUGCAAGGAACACACACCCAGGUACACACACUGCAAGGAAC